CAGUUUUAUUUUUGAAUAGCCAAUAAAUUACUGUGAAAGUGUAUUGUGAUAUUGCGUUUAAAAGUUAAACAAUUGAAAUUAAUGUUUAAGUAUUUUAUUUGGUGUAAUGGCUACAUUCGAAAAAUUGUCUGAAAUUAAAUAUAUUCAAGAUGAUACCGAUAAUCUUGUUUGUACUCUAGAAAAUGCACAAAAUAUUAACAAACAUACAGAAUAUAUAUUGCGGGUUCAGAAGGGACCUAGCAAGGGGAACAAAUGGACAGUGUCUCGUAGAUACAGAGAUUUUGCAUCCUUGCAUUUAAGUAUUCAACAGGCUUACAUUGACCUUCCAUUACCCCCAAAGAAGUUAAUAGGAAACAUGCAACCUUCUUUUAUAGCAGAGAGACAAGUAGCCUUACAGCAAUAUGUAAAUGAAAUUUUAAAAUACCAAAUAUUAGCAUUAUCAUUACCAGUAAGGAGAUUUUUGGACCCUUGUAGUUAUCCUCUACAUUUAGCUGAAGAAGCACUUCAAACAGUAUCCAUAGCACUAAGGGGAGAUGGUCAAUAUGAACUUAAGGGUCCACUGCAAAACAUCAACUGGAGAAUAAGGAAACAUUAUUUUCAUGUUGUUGACUCAAAAAGGACAAAUUGUUUACUUGCUUGGCAGAGUUAUGGACCAGAUAAGCAUUUAUAUAAUAAAGAUUUACAAAUCGCUCUCAAGAGCAUGCAAAGUUUAUCACAUCCAUUCAUUGGUGAAAUUUUAACAUUUCAUAUUUUGGAGAGUGGAGCGUUUGUAGUGAGACAAUUACAUGAGCAGGGAACUAUGAGAGAUCUGUUGUAUGGAACUGAAUAUGAUAAAAGUUAUUUAGCAAAAUAUGGAAAUCCCAAAGUAAGGAAACCGUUUACAACCCGUCAAAUUGCACACUACGGAUAUCAAAUAUUGCAGGCUCUAAAGUUUUUACACGAUAAAGGAUUACCACAUGGCCACCUCCACCCUGGUAACAUAGUGAUAGAGAACCAAAGAGCGCGACUUACGGACACAGAAAAUAUUCUGUUUGGCGUUGCGAGCGUUCACAGACCGUAUUUACGAGAACUGAGACGGGCAUCGUCGGAAGCUGUAGACGUAUACGGAUUUGGACGUACGCUCUAUGAAAUGGUGUAUGCCGAAGCCCUGGACGGCUGUUACUGUGAUAAAUUUGACUCGAAUGCAUCUCAGUUUGACGAUUUAGAAUCUAUUCUGCACCUCACCCUCUCGAGUUCGUCGUGGAAACGAGGCGGGGCGACGCUGGACGAGCUGUUGCAGCAUCCGUUCUUCGUUCGCGCUCUCAACGGGUUCGUCGAGCGAGACGUCAAAGGCCAUCUGAAGUUCCCUCUCACGCUCAAAGAGCAAAUCAAGGAGGCCGCGCUUUGUGUAGAGUCGAGGUUGAAGACCGAUCAAAAGUUGUUGAGGACCGCACGUCGCGAAGUAAGGAUACAGGAAAUACUGGGCUCAGACGAGGAGAUGAAGAAGCAGCGACGAAAAGCGAAAAGGGACAGCAUGUGGAAGUCGAUGUCUUCUCUGGCGGAGACCGUGCGAUCUCAGUCCGCCAGCACGACGUCUUCGCCUACGCCGCCCGCCACCGCCUACUGUUCGACGACAGGUGACUCGAGUGGCGCCUCACCUCCCGCGGCCGGCGAAGGGCGUGGCGCAUUGCUUCAAGCGAUUUGCUCCUUCAACAAAAAAUCGCUCGCUAGAGUCGGUUCGCGGUAAUUCUGUAAGCGUAUUUAUAUGUCAUUCUUUACGUAACUUAAUGUAUUUUUUUAAAUUUGGCAGCAAAUGUCGAAAUACGAAAUUACAGCUUUUUGUAAAAUUUUAGACAAAGCCAGAUUUACGAGGAGGUGAUACUUCCCUUUUACGUCGUAAAUUAUGAUUUGAACAUACUGUUUAGACAUUUUAAGGAACGAUUUGUGUAUAUUUAUUUAUAUCUUACCGGAUAAGCCUUCUCGCACACGCCGUUGUAAUGUACAUUUGUGUGCGGAAUACUUUCAAGCUAGUGAUAACGAUGACUGGUCAUUUAUAGAUUUAGUUGAAUGUUAUCAAUUUAUUUAAGUUAAGGAUCAUUUAUAAU